GUCAAUGUGGGUAUUAUGAGUGUCCAUGAUAAAAUACUUAAAAAGGAAAGAGGAAAAACAUUGCCAUUAGUGAUUUCAUCAGAAAGUUCUGCACAACAGCUGCUUGAGGCAGCAGAAGCAAAGCUUAAGACAUUUCAUCAUCUUCCCCAUAUUUCAUAUGUUAUUCUCCAUUCUGAUGGAUUAGAAGUGGAUAAAGUUCCUGGAUCUGAAGAGAGUUUUACUAUUCAAUCAUUCAAAGAUGCAAUUGGAAAGCCCUUCAACAGGUUAACAUUUUUUAUCUGUGCAGAGAAAGACUACAAAACACUCCGUCAAGGGGAUGAGACUGACAAUGAAGUUAUUAUUCAUCCAAGAUGGAGCAUGAAUAGAGACAACUUAGAAGACACCUUGCCAUUAUGUCAUAGUUCACCAAGAGAGGAAUCUAAGCCUGACCAACAAAAGAUUUCAGUCCCAAUUAGUGAAAAGCAAUUAGACAAAUGCACCACAGAAACAUCCACAAGUUCAUCAUCCCUGACUGGGUCACAGUGCUACAGCAACUAUGUAGACUUUUAUUCACCCAUUGUCAUUGAGGACAAGGAAAGCUCCUCUGAAGAAGAGUCUGAAAACAUAGUAAGUAUUAAAGAUCCAUCAGUUGAUGUGAAAGCAAUUUUGUCUGAUCUGGCCAUGCAAAUACUACCUAAUAAAGUUUCAAGAUUCAAUAUAAACAGAGGAGAUAUUUGGGAAGGAGCCCUGCGUGGAUUUAAGAGACAGUCCUAUGAUCCGACUUACACAAUGCUGGUGAAAUUUACAGAUGAUUACGGUGUAAAUGAAGAUGGAAUUGAUGCAGGUGGCCCAAAAACGGAAUUUCUACAGUUGUUGAUGUGUCACAUAAAAGGACACAGUUUACUUGAAGGGAAAGAGAAUGAGAAAUUUUUGCGAUGUGACAGUACAGGCAGGUACAAUUUAUUUACUGGGUAACCCUUACUAAUGAAGCAUGAUACUCCAAAUAUAAACUGCUGUACUCAGUUUGAGGAUUUGUCAUAGUCAUUUAUUGUAGUUUUAAAAAUGUAAUUAAUCAUUUGUCAUUUGCUUGUGGCUAUUCAGUUACUGUUUAAAAUGUAUUCAGUGAGUUCUACAAUCUAUGUUUGAAACUUUUGUGAAACACAGUUUUGUUUCAAAUGUAUGUCUAAUUUAAUAUAGAUUCUCUGUACACCUACAGUACUUCCAUACAUUACUUGCAAUAACCAUUUACUGAGGAAAAAGUGUAACAUACUAACUUACUCCCUCUCUCUUCACUUAAUUCCCAAACUACUCUGAAUUGGCCCUUUUCAAUCCAGAGAAGCAGUAGGCCUCGCAGUCAAGUGUUAGACUUUCAUUCAAUACCCAUAACUCCUACUCAAAGGUCAAUGAUGGAGAUGUAAACUGGUAAGAUGGCCAAUUAGAAGAUUUCACAAAGAUCUAACUUCCUUUUUACAACACCAUCAUUUGUAAGAAUGAUUUCUAAAUCAUGCAGUCACCUCGCCUUACAUAUGAACCAG